CUCUGCUCCACAGUAGUUCACGCCACUUCACUUCACAAUGCUCUUUACCGCCUCCGCAAAGCUCCUGCUCGCACUCAUGGCAUCUUCCCUGAUUUCGGCCGUGUCAGGGACGUAUUUAGUCCAGCUUGCGCCGGGGGCGGAUAUCGAGCAGUACCUGGACUCGCAUCCGACGCUACGGCAGAAGCUGCUGCGCACGUACUCGUUUGGCAAGUUCCGUGCCGUGCUGGCGGACUGCGAUGAUACGUUUGUCAAGUCGCUCGAAUAUAAUCCUCUGGUACAAGAUAUCUCACCAGACAUCGAACUCCGCGCAAACUCCAUUACAACCCAAACAGGCGCCCCAAGACACCUCGCGCGCGUCUCGCAAACCGGCCCGCUCUCGUCGACCAGCAACCUCACCUACUCCUACGACUCCACCGCUGGCACCGGCGUCGACGCCUACGUGCUCGACACGGGUAUCUACAAAGAACAUCCGGACUUUGGAGGACGCGCUGUUGUCGGAAGUGAUUUCACGGGAGAGGGAGCGGGCGAUGAGAACGGGCAUGGCACGCAUGUGGCCGGGUUGAUUGGAAGCGCGACGUAUGGCGUAGCGAAGAAUAUCAGUCUGAUUGAGGUUAAAGUGUUGAACCAGCAAGGCGGCGGCAGCGUACGAUAUUGUGAAUUAAUCCUAGCAGGUCUCGACUACGCAGUCAACCAGCGAACAGCCACAGGUCGCAAAUCGGUCGCAAACCUCUCGCUGGGCGCGAUGUACAACACGAUGCUCAACAACGCAAUCACAUCCGCCGUCGAGUCCGGCCUCGCGGUCGUCGUAGCAGCCGGCAACGACGGCUUCCCUGCCUGUGCGUUUUCGCCUGCGAGCGCGCGCGAGGCGCUGACGGUCGGCGCGUUCGACGACGCAGGCGACUCGAUCGCCUCGUUCUCGAACUGGGGCCACUGCGUCGAUGUGUUUGCGCCGGGAGUAGCAAUUCAGAGUCUGCUCAAUAGCGGAAGCGGCACCGUCGUCUACUCGGGAACGUCGAUGGCCAGUCCGAUCGCGGCGGGGCUGGUGGGGUAUUACAUGGGUCUUGGAGACGACGAGGCCGAGGCGGUGGAGCGGGUGAAGAGCACGGCUACGUGGGGCGCGCUGCCGUGGUGCCAGGUGCUGCUUCGCCCGUUCACGCCAAAAACAAGGUCGCGUACAACUUGGACGGAGCGACGCCGUAGAUGGAGUGUGUAUGAUAUAGGUUUUGGUGACGGCGCGUAG